CCAAACUUCAUUGACCGUCGAACCGGCUUGAACUGUGUGAGAGAUCCUGUAAUCCGGUGCAAGUUCUCGAUACGUGAACGUAAUGUGAGAAAAUCUGUGGACGGGUCGAGUUCGGUGGCAUAGAAGUGCCUUUUUGAGUCAUAGAAGUAAUGAGUAUUAGUGAAUGAAACUAUAGAGAUUCAGUAUUAGAUACGUGUGCAGAUAUUUUCCCUCGUAAUUAGUAAUUAUGGCUGUGAUCUUCGGAACAAAAUCGGUUAAACGUCAAAUGCAGGGUAUUAUUUUGUUUUGGGUGCUAUUCGGAGUUGAAUUCGCGAAUUCCAACCCGGCGGGAUGCGAUAAGGUGGCUAAGGAAUUGGAACAGAGAGGAUUAUUUACAGGAUCUGCACCUAGACCUGAAACAGGUCCAAUAUGCGGCGCAGACUCUUGCUGCGGGGAAGCGGUUGAGAACAAUCUGAAGCAAUACAAUCGGUUGUAUCUUGAUAAAUAUUUGAGGGGAUCGAUCAAUAAAGUGUCAUCUUUGAUAGAGACGAGAGCUAAGAAGUUUGAUGAAUUUUUCAAGGAAAUGAUGACCAACUCAAAGAGGGAGUUCCACGACAUGUUCGAGCGCACCUACGGCAAGAUCUACCUUCAGAACGCGGACGUGUUCAGCGACUUCUUCAGCGAGCUGGAGACCUACUACAAGAAAGGCACGGUCCGGCUGUCGGAGACGAUGGACAACUUCUUCGUGAUCCUCUACCAGCGCAUGUUCACCGUGAUCAACAGCCAGUACGAUCUGGACGACAAGUACCUUGAGUGCGUCUCAGAGCACAUGGUGGAGAUGAAGCCCUUCGGUGACAUACCACACAAACUAGGGGUGCAGUUAAGGAGGUCGUUUGUGGCUACUAGGACCUUCUACAAGUCGCUGGUGCAGGGCGCAGUCAUAGCGGAGAAUCUCAGGGAGAUUGCGUUGGACGACGAGUGCGCCACUGAGCUCACCAAGAUGCAGCACUGCGGUGUUUGCAACUCGCUGAGUGUGAAUCCUUGCGCGGAGUAUUGCACCAGCACAUUGGAGAACUGCCUGAGGUACCAUACCAGCUUUAGCAAAGACUGGGACAAGUACAUAGACGGGCUUGACAAGGUAGCCGAACGGCUUUUGGGACCCUUCAACAUAGAAGGAGUCGUGGAGCCCCUCAACAUCAAGAUCUCCGAGGCCAUCAUGAACUUCCAGGAGAGUGGCGCCGACGUGUCCAAAAAACUCUUCGCGCUCUGUGGGACACCGGUCCUGGAAAGGAGGAAGAGGAAAGCGGAUACAGCUGAUACGCCACUGGUCGAAAAUCCAAACUUCGAGCUGAACUACGGCCCGAUGAAGAGCCCGACUGGCGGCAAGAGGAAACACAAGAAGACGGAGAAGAUGGACAACACGCCGUCUUUGAAGAAACUUAUCAUGGAUAUCAAGACGAAAAUAAGGGAAACCAGGCAGUUCUGGAUGCAUCUACCCUACCAGUACUGCAACAACGAGUCCAUAGCUUCACCACCCAGUGCCAACGGACAAUGCUGGAAUGGAACAGCCAUAGGAAACUACGAAAAGUCGCCACCCAAGGCUAGUCAAUUCCAGUCGCCCAUAAUAAACGAGCAGAAUUUCACUCUUCAAGUGUUCUUCGACAAGCUUAGGAAGGCACAUCAAGGCGAAGAAGUGGAACUGAUAGACGAUUCUGAGGAACCCUUAGCAGGCAGUGGUUCCGGUUCAGGUGAUCACAUCGACGAAGAAGAAGAAGAAGAAAUAACGCCACAAGUGAAAGUUGACGAGAACACCAGCAACGAAGACGUGGUACCACAUGAAGGUGGUGGUUCUUCGGCAGGCGUACCACCCACGACGACGUCUAAAAAACCGGAAGUGGUUCGAACCAAGGAUGGUUCUUCAGACGGUAGUUCUAACACCAUGUCUCUUACGAGAGCCUUACUUCAGUACUUUAUACCGAUCAUUCUUGUUUGGUUCGGCGGUACCCUUACAGAUUUGCUGUGAUAUCUUAGUGUGUGCUACGGACCCAAAUUAUAAAUUGACUCGAAUUGAUUUCAGUUGGAGAACAAACCAAAAAUAGACUGAAGAAUGUGCGUGGGGCAUUUAGGAUGUUUAGCUGUUCGAUUUGGUAAUUUGUACCAAAUUGGUUUUGGAAUUGGCUACGUUUAGGUGAUCGGUUAACAUUCGUAAAUUAAAAGCCUGGUUACGAUUACUGAAAAUCUUUUUCUUGGCUGUGCUGUCGCUAUUGGAGUUUGUUGAUUCAAACUCAAGGAUAGAUUCCGAUUUGAAAAGGCGUUUAAACAAACACGAGACAAUGAUAUUGCUUAAAAUUUGAAAAAUAUUAAUUUUCUCAUAAUCCCGCCAUCGAUUCUGAUGAACACAGCUAAUUCCGAAACUAUAGGAGAAUAAUUCUGGAAAAUUCCUAGUCAUUUUAUACGUAACCUAUCAAGUAGAGCAGUGAAGUGUUCGAAAUUUCCCAUCAACAUUUAGACGCAUUUAUUUUUACUAGCGGAUAAAAUAAUUUAUAAGCUUUUCGAAAGAUCUGUUUUCGAUGUUGAGAGCUACAGAUGAAGUAAGUGCCAUAUAUUUUUGUAGAGAAAUCGAGCUUCUGAAAUUUAUUAUAGGGAAAUAUCGAGGUAAAAUAGUAGAAUAUGAAGGCUUGAGAGUGAAAAUAGGAAAUUUAAAGACUAUAGAGUUUGAAAAUUUCGGGUUUUCUAAUUGUAUUUAACCGUUUUUUUUAACAUUUCAUCUAGAAGCAUCUUCAAAGAUUUCACAGUGGAAGAUUACUUCUCGAUAUAUAUUUCUCCAAACUGGAUGGGCUCAUCCUGUACUUUCCCCAAUUGGUGGAGUGGUUCACCCACUCCACUUCGGCUGGUUUAGUUGGAACGAAAAUCCUCUUGAGAUGCUUACUACAGUUUGAGGCGAACAUUUAGACCUCGGCAAGAAAUCCCGAAGUUUUCCAACUUUGUUGAUAUUGAGGACUAUAUUUUAUACAAGAGCAUUUUUCUUCACUGCCUUCAUUCUUGUACAUUCCACAGUAAGGCAUUUUGGUACUUCAGGACAGAUAUGAUCAUAUCUAUCCAUCUUUUACUGUGAAAAAAAAAUGUAUCGUUAUUAUUGUUUUUGGGAAAAAUUAGUAGUUAGAAAAAACUCAUGACUUCACUUUGAGGCUGCUCGAUGCUAUAAGAAUCUCAUAGUUUGGACUUAUUUUCUAAAUAGUUAAAAAGCAGAAUUUGACAUAAACGUAAAGAUAUAAUCGGGAUGUGACUUCAAACGAAUGUUUUCCUGAAGGGAAAUAUUUGACUUUACAAAUAAAUUUGAAAUACAUUUAUGAAUUCGAGUGAUUCCAACGAAUACGGAUUCGCAUGUGUAAUAUCAGUUAUACGAUUACUAUAAGACAUUAAAUUUAUUAAAAAUAUGUUUGAUAGAAUUAGCUAAACUUUUGCUUAUUUUAUUUGGGAUAGUGAUGUUAUUAUACUUAUACAGUGUUUAUAUUUAUUUAUGCAUAAGUUUAUUUGUGAUAAAUUUGAAUGUUUAAUUAUAGUUUUAUGGUGCUUUGUAUCUAGACAUAAAUUCAUUAUCGGUGUUGAGAGCUUUGUUUAUAUCUAAUUAUCAUUUAAUAUUAAACCUAAGCAUCUUGCUUAAUAUUCUACGAAGCUCUCACACUGUAAUUGAAGAGAUUCAAAAACAUAAAUUUAGCAUAUUCGAUUAUAAAAUUUCCAAAAUUUGUGUGAAUUUGUUAUUGUAUAUAUUGUAAUUAAUUUUUUUUUGCUACACAAUUUCUUCUUCAGUUUAAUGGAAGAGUGCAGCCGAUUACAUAAGACUAUAUUCCAUAUAAUUUAUUCUUUGGAAUGAAUUGUUUUCAGAGGUGGGAUUGAUAUAAUUCAUGAUUAUCAAAGCUGUAUAUUUUGUAAAUAUCAUAACGUACUGACUUAUAAACCAUCAAUGUAAAAUAAAACAUAAGAAAUAAAAA